UAAGAAAUAAGGUUGAAAUGAAUAUCGAUUAUUAAGAAUAAAGUAUGGAACAUUUUGAAGAAAAUUUGUCGGAUCAGUUAUUAAGAGAAGAUGUUGAGGUAUCUAAUAUAAGAGUAUCGAUGGGUAUUGUUAAGAAUAUGUCAAGUAUUCCCUUUGGAGCAAGGUACAGGCAGAAUCAGCUCAAGAAGGUAGCAUCCUUCCCAGUUAAUAAAAACCAGGUGAAUGAUUGGGAAUUUCAGAAGAAUUGAAUACCUAAGAAAAAUACAGCUAAGAGAAUUUACUCAAGUAGUCUUCCAAAAACUUCUGAUAUACAGAGUGAUAUCAGAGCCUUACUACAGAAGGCAAUAAAAAUUAGACAUUUGUACAAUGUUGAUUCUGCCCGCUCGGAGGACUGCCAAGAAGAAAAUGUUUCAAAAGAAAAUUCUCAGGUAAGUCAAGAAGCAGCAAAAAAAGCAGGUAAUAAUCUUCUUGACAAACAGAGUUUUAUCUGCAGAGAUGUAACAAUGAGAGAUGUGAAAAGAGCUCAUUAGUUUCAUAGAUUAACUUUUUUAUAAAUAUUUUGUAAUUCUUAAUAGUUGUUGAAUUGACAAGGGUUAUAGUGGCUAAACUCUUGCAUAUUUUAAAUUGCAUUUCCAAGAUAUCUGAUGGUGUAAUCCCUCUAGAAGAAAGAAUUCUUCUGAAAAUCCAUCAACCCACAUUUGCAACUACAACUAGCCAAAUUUCAUAUAUUUACACAGUGAAAUUUUUAUAUUAAGGUCUGAUGUCGCCAAAACUAUUUCUAUUUACAACUCUUCAAAAUUUCGAUGAAUCAAUAGAUCAAACAACUAAUUUCAUCAUAGAAACAAUAAUAGGUCAUUAUCAAUCGAUCAUUCUCCAAAUUCUCUGAAAAUACCAAAAAUCUCCUCAUUUGUCAUAAGACAUGAGCAAAUUAUAUAUAAACUCUCUC